GCAGCGGCACAGACACGAUGGAGUGGUUGAUAAACCCACGGGCGCAGAAGUUUCGGAAUAAACCUGUCCCGACAGUUUGUGCCAAUCGGGAAUCUCUCAAAGGUUACCCGGUUGACAUCGCUUCUAUACAAAUUCGUGACUCGCGUCUGCUCUUAAAGAUGACUAUAUGCGUUGCACCGUCAAACCUGUGUUUUUUUUGUUUCUUACUACUGUGAGGAAACCGCAUCUCUAACACAAGUGAUUUCUCUCCCCAUUUUCCAUUUACAAUGGAAGAAGAGAGACGUGUGUAACUGCAUGUACAGUGGACCCCGCGGGGCUGGCAGCUGCAAUUAAAAGGGUAAUGCCGCUCGACCGCGCGUUUGCAUGCUGCAGAUGUCCCAUCGGGCCGGUUCCCUCCGCUUGAGGGGGAUCACUCCUCACAAGCAUUAGACUCGGAAUUCCCAGCCCACCCCACUCGCCCUGGGACUUUCAACCCGCUAAACACUUUCACCCCAGCUGAACUCUGUAACACCUCUCCGGCGGUGGGAUAAGAGGGGUUAGUAAUAUGGAUCAAGGAACAAAUGCAAAACAGGAGGGGCACAAGCAGAUGGCAGAAAGGCCACUACCCCCAUUAAAUGUGAACAUAGCUGAUCGACCCCAGGCCUCACAUCCUCUUCUGUGUCUGUUCCCCAUACCCCUCAGUCCUCUGACCAUUAAGCUUUCAGCUUUCUCUUCUCAUACCCAGCUUCCACGGCCCUCUGGGGUAGAGAUCUCCAGAGACUUGCCACUCUCCGUGAGAAUUUCCUAUACAUAGCUCAGUUUGAAAUGUUCCAAAGAUGUCCCUUUGCUAUAGACUCUCCCACCAAUGGAAACAUCUCAGUAUCUACCCUGCCAAGCCACAGUAGGAUCUUAAAUGUUUCAAUUAGAAUGUCCCACAUACUUCUACGCUCCAGAUAAGGCAAGUCCAACUCCUAAAGCCACCCGUAUUCUGACUAUAAUAAUUCCAGGGAUUGGUCUGGCCAAUCUCUUCUGACCCAACUUUCCUAAAUUCUGGGAACAGCAUUCCGAGUGGGAGCCCCUGGUUGUUGUGGGAAGCUGGAGCCAGGUGAGCAGGCUUCCAAACAGAGAGACUGGGCGGGUUGGCGACCUUGAAACUCCAAGUGGCCUUAAUCCAGUCGGUUGAAGCUUGAGGAGUUAGGGAGCUGAUUGAACAAUACCACCAAGGGGCUGACGUCCAGUGACAGUAGACAUACCAAUAUAAUGAAUAGGGGUUGAUGUAACAACGAGGCUGAUGUCCCAAUAGGAGCUGGCGUACCAGUAAGGACAUCCAAAUCAAAGGAUAAUGAACUAAUGGGAGUUGAGGCACCAACAAAAUCAAUAGAACCAAGGGACUGAUGUGGAAAAAGGAGGCCGUGAGCCAAUAAGAUCAAUAUAAGUGAGGGAUUGAUGCACCGAUCACAUUACACGCACCGGUAAGAUCAAUAGGACCAGGUACUAAAGUGCCAAUAGUCGGUGUCCCAAUAAAAUCAAUAGGACCAAGGAUGGGGGUGGGGGUGAGGAUGUGCUGUGAGGCACAAUUGUUGCUCUGUCCAGGGCAUGUCCUGGUAGCCAGGUGUGGACCAGAUAUCUGAGACACUGGGACAAGCACGUGAUCGGCCUUCCAUCCAAGGGAAAUUCACGGAGAGAGAGGACGACGGUUGAAAACAGGGUAACCUCACCCCAGCCCGGGAGAGUAAAGAAAGACACCGUGGCUUUGGCGAAUCAGGGAAAGGGGAAUCAGGGAAUCAUCACGCUGGCGUCUGAUGAUGAUAACGAGCUAGGAAUCAUUAGACAACCAAACCUUCUACUACGGGACACUGGAGCAGUAAAAAAAAGCUUGCCAAAGGGUUGCAUGGGAGUACAAUCAAAGUUAUGUCAAGCAAUCUUCAAGGGUAACUCUAGGAGACUGGAAGUGAACGAUAAGCUUUCAUUAACAACAAAAUGGAAGCACGACCAUGUCGAAGACUGAGGGAGGAGCAGUGCCCCAAUCGCCUUUAUACCGGGGUCUGUAGGAGGAGCCACAGGAGCGGUCAGCAGAGGGGCGUGUCCAGACAGGUAUACACAUAGUUUACCACAGUAACUAAAGAGAGGCGGACUGGGCCAGGUUGCUCAAGAUUGUCCUUUUAAGCAGGGUGGGUGGAAAAUGGAGAUGGGCUCGGGUUUUGGGGACAACAUCGAGCCAGCGACCCCUGGAAUGAAGGGUGAGCGGUGCAGGUGAGCGCCUUUCUCCAUUGCGCGCGAAGAGCGACAAGUGCGCAGUAACACAGCCAACACCACCUCGUGCCCUCUGAAUGGUCCGUUUUACUUAAUCCGCAAAUAUCUCUCCAGGGCAAUGAGGAAGAAAUCACUCCUUCCUUUACCGACCCCGAUGGGACCUCGCAUCGCAAUAAAAAUAUAGAUGCCAUGAAACCUUUAGGUAGAUCAAUAAUCCUGGGAGUGGUGGCAAAACUGGGUCUAAUCGGUGUGUUAUAAACUGACAGCCGGGAGUGAGUACACUCUGGAGUCUGAUCAGUGGAUUUCCAUAUAGAAUAACGGGUAUCUGGGAGUGAUUACAGGCUGGAAUCUAAUCCAAUGAUUCGGGGGGAGGGGUGGGAUGAUAUAGAGAGACUCAUGAAUUAUUCCAGUUUAUGUGAACAAUAAUGAAUGCGCAGAAAAAAAAACUUAGCGCGUUUAUAAACUGUGCUCUCAGUUGUGUAUGCAAUAUGCAGUAUGCGAAAGAGAGGUGGUGGGUGUAUUGUGCCGCUUUAGAAGGUAAUUAAAUCACGCGAAGGUACAGUCCACCAGACAGCGACGUCCUCUAAACAACGUCCGUGCUCUUACUCGAGAAUUUUGCGGUUAAUGACAAUUGUGUCAUGAGAGGUAGUGAGCGGGGUCUAUCCUCCGUCGUUUGCUCCCUGUCGCCGACAGACAUUUCCAGGCGGUCUCCGUGCGAUCAAAGAGUUGGGAUGUUUUAGUGGAGAGGCGGAGAUCACGUGGCCUGGUGGUUUUCUACGCCACGGCGCCUCGCCAGGAGCAGCCAAUGGCUCUGUGGCGCUUCACCAGCCCCACUAGAGUCAGACGACACAGCUCAUUGCAGACUAAAAGGGAAAGAGUGAGUGAGUGAGAGAGUGAGAGAGAGGGUCAAACUGACUCAGUGCUUUACAAGAAGUUAAUUGAGAAAACAUCAAUAGCUGGCAAGGCCCAGAUUUUAUUCUUCACUGAACCUUCAAUUCGUGUAUCGUUUCCCCCAGAUCAGAACGUGUAGAAGCUUCUGUUGUAGGAACUACUCCAUGCUAACCAUACCCCACCCACCACCGCCGCCGCCGCCUCCUUUUCCCAGGAUGGCCCGUUUUUCUGUCUGCCUGCCUGUAUAACCCCUUCCUCCCCACUUCCCAUCAACGGCGUUGUUGGGAUGAAGCUGAGAGGAAAGAUGGGAUUGGACAGAAAGGGAAGGGGGUCCACGCAAAGGUAAGUGAGGCAGGAAGGUCGGGGGAAAGAAAAUGAGAGGAGUAAGAUGGGAGGGGAGAAGAGUAAGAGGAGAGAGGGAGAGUGAAGAGCAGUGUUUACUGUCAUUAAAGCGGGGCCAAUAAUGGAGCCCCCCCCAUCAUUUUUUCAGGGGUGAACUCGGCUGCAGUAGCGGGCGCAGGAAACUCACCAAGCGUUUCUUCUAUUGAUAUUCAGUUCUUUAAUUUUUACAGCGGACAGAGAGGGAGAGGAGGGGUGUAGAAGAACGAGGAGAGGGGGAUGGUGUAAAGAAAGACACAUUAAAGGUGGGCUGGCAGGCAGGCGUGGGCAGCGUUAAAUGCGACGGAGCGGGUAGACGUAGGGAGCCGGCGAUGCAGGUAGCGAAAAGUGCAGGGCCCACGCAGGUAAAGUCAGCUCAGGACGGGAGAUACAGGGCGAAACCGUUCAGCUCCAUAUGGGAAAGUUGCAAAUACCGGCUUGGUAUUCGAAUUUGUGAAGUUACCCGUGAUAAUGGAAGGGUAGACGCGGGGCGUCCAGUAAUAAUCCGGGGGUGUUGCACGGGGAGUGAUGAGAUUAGGGGACGCCUGGGUAAGGGCGGAAGAAAAUUACGUUGAUGGGGUGAGGUGGGCGAGAGGAGAUUAUGUGGGACAGGAAGACCAGAGUAUGGUGGGAUGGUCUUUGAAGCGCAGAACAGCAGAGCGGACAUUUCAACCGGAAGGUGUCCUCCAACAGACCAGGUGUGCGGUGGGGCUUCAUGAGGUACUCAUGAGACAUUUAAAUUCUAGCGAAUGCCCUAAAUCGGCACCACGCCGGAACAGCAAGGUAUCCGAAGAGGGUACACGCUGUUUUAUCAUGUGACGAAACCCACACAUACAAAACAGAACCCGCUGAAAUCAUCUUACCUUCCCAAAGCCGUAAGACAUACAGCACGUAGCAAAUCCGCGGAAGAACUCAGCGGGUCGAGUAGCAUGGCGGGGGAGAGAAGAAUUGUCAGAGUUAUGAGAGGCAUGGAUGGACAGAAUGCUUUCUCUCGGGAGAACUGUCGAACACCAGAGAAUACGAUUAUAAGGUGGGGGGGGGGAGUCGUAUGGAGUAAGGUUUUUAAACGCAGAGAGUGGGAGAUAACUGGGAUGGGUUACUGUUAGUGGAAACAAAGUUUGCUGCAGUUUUAGAGGCUCUUAGAGAUGCACAUGAAUAUGAAGGGAAAGGAGGGAUAUAGAUGGCACACACAAGUAGAGAAUAUUUAGUAUAACAUUGUGGGCCGAACGACCUGUCUAGCCCCGUUCUGUUCUGUGUCCUAUGAGUCUCUACCUUACACACCCACCCACUCCCGUAAGAAUUUCACUUUGAACGCUUCAACAACUAAAGGGCCAAUGUUAUCGGCCGAGCACAGAACAGGCAAUUCAAUGAAAUCAGAACUGCGAGAGAGAAAACGCCUUCAUAGGUCACCAAGCGAGCGUUGCCGCUUUAAGAGCAUUAACUUUCACUUUAGACAUUUUCUACACGCUGCUUCAGUUUCGGGGUUGCAAGGGUCGGGAAGCAGUGCCGGUUCCCCCUCUGCAAUGAAUGUGUGGCCGAGCUCAGAAUCGCCCAGCCGGUUCCGCUUCACGUCUCCCGAAACAAUUCUCAGCGCAGCCAUUCUCCCGACCCAGUGCACGGCCGAGGAUGGUAUUAAACGGUCGGCAGUUUCCACUCUCCGAGAGGGUUAUGAAUUCCUCGUUUGCUGAACACAGUCCCAUUCUAACCGUCGCCUGGGAAUUAUUAUAUAUUGUGUUUGCCUUCGCUGCUUUGCAAAACAUUCUCGUCCGUCUACCCAAUUCGAUUUGAGCAGCGAUUAUAAUUAAUGUCAAUUGCUAGACUGGAAUCAUUUGAAUGUAUACAGUAUCUGCCGUUGCCAAAAAAAACUGCAGACGUCAAUCUCGUUUUUGACUCCGCCUCCCCACUAUUGGUUGAAAGUGCAGCGAGAGCAAGCGCAGUUAGUUAGUUAGUUGAAAACGAGCUUCUGUAGCUGUAACUCUGAAAGCCUCUUUUCCUCUCUUCCCAACUCUUAAUUUGAGAAAUACAUCUAUAGAUUCCUUUUAAAGGAGGUUUUUAGUUGUUUUGUUUUCAGGAUUUUGCGCGCGUUUAUAAGGACUAAAGUUGGAUUUAUUUUAUUUUCGUAACAUUUAUUUAUUUAUCUUUGUUUUAAUUUUGAGAAUAAGUUGUAGGCUUUAAGGAUUCGAGCGACCUUAUCCCUGCAAUCGAAGAGGGAAAGAGAGAGAGAAAAACACCGGCAGCUGUUAGGGAGAAGCGGCGCCUCUGUGUGUGUGUGAAAGAGAGAGAGGGAGCAAAGUCAGAACGAUUCACUUUGCCCUGGUCAAAACGACAAUUAUUUGCCGGUGAAGAAGCGAAGGACACGCACGGAGAAAAUCCGAAGGAUCGGUCAUCGUUUGGGGAUGUUACAUUAAGUGUUCUACCAAGGAAGCGAAAUUAGGGAGAUCAGAAAACGCAACAUUGCACACCGGAGGGUUUUACCUUGCUGGGCUCUUUUGACGUUUGCAACAUUUCGCGGUAUUGCAACAGGAACUUUUUUUUUGCUUAUACAAUUUUGUGAAACCAACCGGCUGAGAUCGCGGGCUCAGCGAUGACUGUUACAGACGCUUAGGGCCCAGAGUCUCCGCGUCUAUAUCCAAAAUCUUAAAGAAGAACAUCAAGGAAUCUCGAUUUUUGUGGGAUAUAAUUUAACAGCAACCAUGAACUCGCUCCUUAGUUUACUCAACUGUCUUUUGGCUGCUCUCUUGUAUUUUCACAGCGCGAAGAUGGCCCACAUCCCCAAUGAGGGACUUCGGAGGAAUGAAGUCAUAAAGUUCAUGGAUGUGUGGCAAAAGAGCUACUGCAGACCGAUAGAGACGCUAAUAGACAUCCUGCAGGAGUAUCCCGAUGAAGUGGAGUACAUCUUCAAGCCCUCUUGUGUGCCUCUAAUGCGGUGUGGUGGAUGCUGCAAUGAUGAAAGCCUAGAAUGUGUCCCCAUCGAAGUGCACAAUGUGACAAUGGAAAUAAUGAAAAUCAAGCCCCACCACGGGGAAAAUUUAAGCCUGAUGCACUUUGUCCAGCACAGUAAAUGUACCUGCAGACAAAAGAAAGAAGCUGAAGAGACACAAAAAAGCAAGCGGAAACGAGGGAGCAGCAAGGGUCAGACUCGGAGGAAAAAGAAGUGCAGAGUGGCAGUGUGCAGGCCUCACUGUGAGCCUUGCUCAGAGAAGAGAAAGCACUUGUUUGUACAGGAUCCAGGGACCUGUAAAUGUGCCUGUAAAUUCACACAUUUACGUUGCAAGUCAAGGGGUCUUGAGUUAAAUGAACGAAGUUGCAGGUGUGAAAAACCCAGGAGAUGAGCAAAGUCUAACGUGAAAAGCAACUUUCAUCAGAGACUGUAACCAUUAUAAUUUUUUUCUGAAAAAAAAACAUCCAGUUUUUUUUCAUUGAACAAGAAUACAUAAAUAUGAAGACUAGAAGCACAGCACUUUGAAUUUGAUUGAUAUUACUUGUGGAAGACAUUUGAAACAACAAGAGUCAAUCCCAGACCUACAGCAAGUUGUGCGUGACUAUUAUUAAUGAAAGGGUUAGUAUUAUUCAGGAUACAUGCUGCUAAAAUGUUGGAAAAGUACUUGGAAGACCAUUGGGGAAGUAAUGAAUUCCUGGUUCAGUUUAUUGGGUCACUUUUUUAAAAAUUAAAGACAAUGUAUAUAUAUAUAUAUGAAAUAUAGAACUAUAUAUAUAAAUUGCGAAAGACUUCCGUAAAAUUGGAGAGAUUAAAUAUAUAUUAUGUAUUAAGUUACGGACUCAUUGAAGCUUCGCACCAAGGACCCAAGAUUUUCUGGAGAAUGGAUGGAAAUGUUUCUGUUCGAAGAUUUGGAAUGAGAUGGGGCAGAGGGAGGGUUUGGUGAUUGAGGUCAGAACACACUGCAAGAUUUUGUUUGAAAAAAGGAAAUGACCGCUGGACAUCCAGUGCAGACAGCAGCCUUGGCUGCCUGCUUGUGUCAAGGGAGCCCGGACAUUCAAAGGGUAAGGGCCUGUGUGACCUGCUUGUCCAGCAUCUCGGAGAGGAAGAUUUUUGCCAGCCAGGAGGUCAAAUCUUGUCGCUAAGGAACUGUCACUGAAGCAGUAAAUCAGGGCCACUGGAGACAGUCAGAAGUGUUUUUUGGUGGUGUGUUGUACACAGAAAUAGAAAGAGAGAGAGGAAACUGAAGUACUACCAGCCAACAGAGGCAAUCAGGCCUUCGGAGGGAGCAUAUGUGGCCAACCUCACAGGCUUGAGACACAUCCUAUAAGGACGAGGCAAGUGUGGAAUAAUUUGCUGCUGGUCAUUUUGACGUGGUUUCCCUCAAGGUCACCUCUGGCCAAACUGCUGCUCUUGGAUGUGACUCCAGAUCCAAAUCUGGCUAAGAUAUCCCGAUCCUCACACACACACACACACACUUCCCCUCACCUGUAUACAGUUAUGAUCUCUUGCUGUUUCUCAGUAACUGGACAACCAGUGGUGAGACUGGUAUGUAAAAUGGUGAAUGGGGGAAGGGGUCUGGCUAUGCAACACCAUUCCUCUACCCCCAGUCACUGAACUAAUCCCAGCAGAGCCUUGCUUGGUUAACCAGCUUGUCACUUAAGCUGGGAUCCCAAGAGUAACAGGGCAAUGUUGGAUUAGCUCACUGGUAACAUCACAAUUAAAUGUCGCAGAGAGAGGGGGUUAAAAACCCGUUCUACCAGUCUGCCCCUGAGCCAACACCCUGCCAGAGCAAGGGAGUGAUCCUAUUUGGGAAAACACGUGCACCCAUGUAGUUGAGUGAAUGGUUUGGGAACAGGUGGGGCACACAGUUACUAACUAUCAGCAGUGAAGAGCAGGCAGACCCUGAACCUGAACCAAGCUGAGCCCAUAAUAGGGAACUUGUCACCAACUAUUACCUUGUGUGUACUGGAAAAGCCCUGGGGCAGAGGAAAUGAAUGGAGAAUCAGUGAAAGUGACUCAUGUAAAUGUGAUGAAUUCUUCAAAGCAAGCAGCUGUUAACCUUGUGAAGCAAUGUUAAUGUACCUACAGAUGUUGUGAAGUUGCCGUGGCAAUUAUUGUUCCUUGUCCUUUUGGCUAUCUUUGAACUCCCACUUUCAAUGUUAUUAUGAGACCACCUCGCCUUGCCCGCCUCAGACCACCCCUAUUUCUGACAUGUGCGUAUAUAUAUAAUAUAUAUUAUUUUUCUUUUCUCCCUCUCUUUUCUACUUUCUCCCACUUGCCUUUUCUCCUGGCUCUAUACACCUCCCCCCUUUCACAUUCUCUCUCACUUUUUCUCUUGUGUUCCUUCUCCUGUUUUCUCUAUCUCAGUCUCUUUUGCUUUCUCUCCCAUUCUCUCUCUCUCUUUCUUUCUGUCUAACAUUCCCUUCCUCUUUCUCUCUCACUUUCCAUCGCUCACUGACUCUCAUGACGUCUCUUAGCUCCCACUUACAACUGAGGUGGUCACGGCCAACACCUACUGCCUAAGCAGAGGUAGCGGAGCAUGCUGCCUGUGAUUCAUCCCCCACUCGCUCACCAUCCCCUUCCUUGGCAAGUGCAUUCCUUGACACACAUCACAGACACACACUGUAGCCCAGUUCCUUUGAAGCACACAAAGUAAUUCCUGUAAUUUCCUACCUUGCAACUUCCUUCUUGGUAUUUGGCCGUUCCUGCAGGCUCUGUUCCACGGGGCUGGGCAAGUGCAUUCCAUCUCCCCGGCUGGCCUUGCCUGGAUAAAUUACUCCCCUUCCAAGGCAUCUUCUGCUCAUCCUUCCAAAAGCCAUCUCAUUGGGCAAGCAAAUAAAGAAAAUGACCUGCUGUGUAUUUUAUGUAGAACUGAGAACAAUUAGAAUUGUUCUCGAAUAUUCUGUCUGUUAAAUAUUAAAAGAAAGAACAUGAAAGAAAAAUCCACACAAUUGAUUCUUUGCAUAAUGUUUAUAGUCACAUUUUUAGUAUAUUUUUUUUGUCACUGAAAUAUAUUUAUUGGUGCUACUGUUCUUAUCCAUAAUUAUUAAAGAAAUACUGUUAAAAUAUUAACAACAUUAUUUUGGUCUAGAUAAUUAUUCUGUAGCAUC